AUGGCGUCUCUAGAGCAAGUCAUGUGUGUAGGAGCUGCAUUCAUAAUUAUUCAUAACUACUAUAAAAAUAAAAUUAAGUAUAGAAGUAAGAGACGAUGGUGGGUAAGACAACUACUACAACGUCGAAAAACUUAUAGUGGUGAGCGUUUCAUUUUGGAUUUACACGCAAGUGAUUUGUUUAAUAAUUUUACAAGAAUGUCAAGUACCGAUUUUGAGUUUUUAAUAAAUUUAAUUGGACCCAAAGUCGCAAAAGAAAAUACAAAUUUUCGUGAAAGUAUUUCAGUAUCAGUUCGCCUAGCAAUUACUUUAAGUUUUUUGUCUUCUGGUGAAUCAUAUCAUUCUUUACUGUACAUAUUUAAAGUAUCCAAACAAGCAAUAUCAGAAAUUGUACCAGAAGUAUGUGAAGCAUUAAUAUCUGGUCUUAAAAACUACAUCAAGAUGCCAACUGAAACAAAUGAAUGGUUGAAAAUAUCUGCAGAUUACGAGGAAAAAUGGAACUUCCCGCACGUUUAG